CUUUUUUCUUCACACUAGAUGUGUGUAAAGAGCAGCACUUGUUCUCAGUACGCUGGAGAAAGUGUGUGAGAAAUGGACAAAUUUAUGUCUAUGUUAAUUCUACAGAUGUUGUUUGCUUUCUUUACACCGUGUCUCCUUGAGAUCAUUCCAAUAGACACCGUAUCUGUCCAUCCUGGAGAGAACAUCAUCCUGCACUGUAACAUAUCUAUUACAACUAAUUAUACUCAGAUACUGUGGUAUCGACUGGGAUCUGAGGAGGUGAAGCUGCUGAUAUCUGCUGAACAGGGGAGGCUGAUUAAAAAGUUUUUUCCUACUUAUAAUGUGAACGAGAGUCAAUUUAGUGUAACAGAAACUUGCAGUUUAGUGAUUUUUGACGUUAGACAGACAGACCUGGGAUUUCAUUACUGUGAAGGUCGAAAGGAUAAGACACACAUUCAGUUUGGGAAACCCAUCAGACUGAGUUUUACAGAUGAUCAUAAGACUGAUCAAUCACAAGAAUCUGCACUUCCUGCACACCGUGGACUUAUUAUUAUAAUCCUAUCAUGUGUGUGUGCAGUUUCUGUCUCAGUAACUGUCAUCUGUUCCUCUUUGUACUGUUCCAAGCUACAGGAUGGUUUUUCUACCUGGGACUCAAACAAUAAGGAAGCUGAGCUGGAACCAUCUGAUUUGACCUCUGUGACCUACACAAGUGUCUCCUGAUGGCCCAGAUAAGGACAAGCAUGAAGAUCACAAUAAGCAGAGAACCUCCUACAAGCUGAUUACAACAUUACAGAAGCUGUGUACUAAAUAAUUAAUGCUGUCUAAUGUCUGAU